CAUCUGAUAAUCAACAUCACAGUCUUGAAACUCAGCUGAGAAUAUACCGACAAAUGACAAUGGAUGAUGCUAAUCUUCAAAGAGGAUCUCAAUUUGACAAUCAGCCUUCAAAUACAGCAGCAGCACAACUGCAGAAAAAUGGCAACAUCAAUAUUGUCCUUCUGGGAAAAACUGGAGUUGGGAAAAGUUCAUCAGGAAAUACCAUACUGGGAGAGAACAGAUUCACAUUUGGAAGAAGUCACUUUGCUGUUACAAAUAUAUCUAGUGUUCAGAGAUCAGAGAUUGAUGGCAGAUCUGUGUCUGUAAUUGACACUCCUGGGUGUUUUGAUACUAAACUUCCGAAGGAGCAGUUGUCAAGGGAGUUUGCGAGGAGCAUGUUUGUGUCUGCACCAGGAGUUCAUGUGUUUUUAUUCAUUGUGCCGUUUGGUAGAUUCACUGAGAAGGAGGAAGAGAUGCUGACAAAGGUGAAGCAGGUUUUUGGUAAAGAUGUGCUGAAGCAUGUUAUAAUCCUCUUCACGUACGGGGAUGAAUGUGCUCAGGACACAGUACAGUCAGAGAUAGGAAGGAAUAGGGUUGUUGGCAGAGUCAUACGGAGCUGUCAUGGUUUUCAUGUCUUCAACAACAAAGAUCAGAAUAACAGAGAGCAGGUCAAUGAUCUACUGCGGAAGAUUGACACGAUGGUGUGGAAUCAAGGCUACUACACAAGUGAGAUGUAUCAGCUGGCACAAAUUACAACAUUUGAACGUUUCUGGAAAAUUCAUAAGAAUUUUUUUAAAGGUAUGAUUGCUUUUUUCCAGAACAUGUCUCAAUGA